CAGCAACUACUUCGGGAAGCUAGGGUAGAGAGUAAGUUAGCCAGCAGUUUGAUACCUCACACUUUGGCACGGUUUCUCUACCGUCAGUUUUCUCCGACAUGGCUUUGUUCUUGACAGGGAACCCUCUCCUUUAGUCCGGUAUGUUGCAGGCGGGCACAAAGAUCGUUUGCACUGUACCGCCAGAGGCGUCUGCCACCCAACCCUGCGCUUCCAACUUCCCUGCUUGUUUUACCUCAAGCUUACCCAUAAUAUCACGGUAUUCUUUUUACUUCGGUGGCUCCAAAUAGCCAGAAAAUCAAUUAAUCGAUCAAACUUCAGAAAAGAAAUUAAGGACGAGUGCAAAGGCUCCAGGGGCAGAAGUCAGAGAUAUUUGAUGCUGCUCCCGUACCCACCGGUUGACUGAGUAAUAAGUGAGCUCUGGAAAGGAAGGAGCAAUAAUCCAUCGUAUUCCAUUUUGCCGUACGAGGCAUGAUGGCGCUUGAUGAUGAAUGGGAAAUCGUUGGUCUCCAAGACGACGAUGCUCGACCCGGCGCUUGGGACAAGAGUCCAAAAAACGCCAACACCAGCAUGUCCAAACAUCAAAUGCAAACCGGCAGUGCAGCCCUUGAAGAGCGAGUCAAGUUAUCACCUGUCACGCCGGACGAAAGGACCAUUGAAGAUUGCAUUGCAAUGCAGCGAUCUCAACACCAACACAUCCAAUACCUCAUCCGGCAGGCCGAGAACACCGAACACCGACUGGAGGACAACCAGAGGUUGAUUAUGGCCCAAGUGCGACAAGAGCAAGGUGGAGGCUGCUGGGGACGCAAAGAGAAGCGCUCAAGACCACCCGCCUGGCACUGGAGCAGUCCCAGACGCACCUGGAGUGGCUCGUUGCUGCCACGAGCGAGCUCGAGUGGUGUCGAUCUGGCAGAAUUAGAUGCCACGAAGGUUCCGCGGGUUAUUUAUCUGAGUGCCGUGGCGAGCACGUGGUGCAGUGGUGCAAAGGAGGAGACCCAAACAGGCCGGUUAUGCCGGCUCCGGACUCGAAGGACGGGAGCGCUUCGACGGACGGGGAUGCACGGAAAGAUGGCGAGGGGAAGCACUCUCCGCCUAGAGGCACCGUCAACUUGGUAUUCCGGGGAAGAAUGGACUGUUGAAUGGGAGGGAAGGGGGUGAUAAAAUGAAGGAGGGUGGAGGAGCUGGUAUCAGGGGCUCGGCUCGGCCAUGUGGUUCGGGUUACAAGCAAAUAGCCAAUGUUAGGUGGGCAGUGCGUCCUCGUCUGCAACUACAACCCCGAUAAUUGCCAUUAUCGUCGUCGUCUCUGCUGCUGUUUUGACUAAGAGGAGGCUGCGCAAAGGAACACGCUGCCUACGCAGCUGGGCAGGACUGGUCAC